CAGUCGAGAUCGAGAACGAGAAAGAAGUGAGACAGAGAAGCACGAUGGAUGAAUUCAGAUGGAUUCAAAUGUUUUUAUGUCUGAUGCUGAUGAUUCAGAUUGCAGUAUCUGUAAAUGAAACAUCCAUUUUUAUGAAAGUUGGAGGUGACGUCACUCUGCCUUGUCUAAAUCUGAUAGAUGAGCAGAAUAACUGUGAUGGUAUUACGUGGACGUUUGCUUCAAGAAACAAACCAACAACAAUAGAGCUGAUCACACUUGGACAGAUUGGUGAACAUGCCAAAACUAAAUCAGACAGACUGAGUGUUACAGUGAACUGUUCUGUGCAUAUAAAGAAGCUCACAGUUGAGGAUGUUGGUUUUUAUUCCUGUCAACAAUACAAAGUCAAAGAAACACCAUCUAAACACACUCGGGUUCGUCAGUCUUUCGUUGAUCUCUCUGUUAUUACCUUGACUGAACAUAAGAACAUUGAUAAGGGGAUACUAAACUGCUCUGUGCUGACACAUGGAGAGUGUCAUCACACAGUGAUGUGGCAAAUUAAAGGUAAAGAUGUGGACAAAGAGGACAACGAAAUAGUGACUUCACAGACUGUUUGCUCCACCACAGUGUCCAUUCCAGAGUCUCACUUUCUUUAUUCAUCAAGAUAUAACAUAUUGGCAUGUGAAGUGACUGACAGUAAAAUAGGAAAAGUGCAGCUGUUUGCCUUUACUUCUCAGCCCUCAGGUGAAGAAACAGAUUUUUCUGUAUCUUUGAGGUCCAUUAUUAUCUCUCUGGGGUUAGCAGCAACUUUAAUAACUGCUGUGACAGUCAACAUAUGGACAAGGACUAAAGGGAACACGACCAAGAUGGAUAAAACAAUACAUUAUGAUCAAGUUGAAGACGAUGUUACAGUUCAUUAUGAAAACAUCGGGGUUUCUGCUGCUUCAGUCAGAUUCAACUGAUCAACUUCAACUCAGCAGAGGAAAUGGCUUUUAUAUUACCAGUAUCAUCUCAUCCAGUUUUAUAGAUUAAAUCGUAUAAAACAGAUAACGAUGUAAGUCGUUCCCAUUAAGUUCAUUCUGCUCAUCUGCGUGUUUUGUUUUCAGUGGGAGAAAUGUUUCGUCAUUCAUCCAAGUGACUUCUUUAGUCUUCUUCAAUCACUCGGAUAUUUGACGAAACACGUUCCCCCUGAAACCGCUAUGAUCUGAUUGAGCAUGCAUCAAGACCAUAUACAUAGUUGUUUUGUGUUUCAGUAUUCUGACUAUGGAUUUAUAUUUAGGUCUUGAACUUGUAUGAGUUUUGUCACAUCCUGUUCAUCCUGUUCAGACCUUCACUCACAUCUUUGGUUGAAUAGACUUAGAUAGAAGAAGAGGAGUCGAGGAUGUACAAACCGAGAAAUAGGUAGCCAAUAAACCACUUCCCAAUCAACUCUCUUCUAUGUAUAGAAGAGAGUUUUAGUUCCACUCUAAACGUAUCUACCCAUUUGACCUACUUGACCACAGUCUCUCUUUUACAUUCGUUAAUAAACCACAUAAAGACUGUUUCUGUGCAAGUGGAUCUUUUUUAUGCUCUCUUAAUAUAUUUGUGACACUAUACUUCAUGGUUCUGUAAAUUACUGAAAUAAAACAAGCUGAGACUUGAGGUGAGAGAACAGGAAGUUGUGUGGUG